UUUUCAAAUUAAACCAUGGUUAGCGCAAGCCCCUUAAGAAAUAUUCUAAUGUAUUUUCGUAUAUUACAGGAACUACAAGACAUGAACAAUAGAAGACAUACUGACAACUUUAUUCCAUCGCAAAAAUCUCCAAUUCCUCUAAAUAGAUACGACGAUUUUCUCGCGGAAGAUAGUCCCAAGAUAAAACCACGUCCCCGAUCUCCAGAACACCGUUUAGUUGCUAGAGCCUUAUAUAAUUUUGUGGGUCAGUCUGCCAGAGAAAUUACGUUUCGUAAAGGAGACAUAAUUUACAUUAGAAGACAGGUUGAUAAAAACUGGUAUGAAGGUGAACACAAUGCGAUGGUAGGACUUUUCCCGGCAAAUUACGUUGAGAUAAUACCAUUCGAUGGUGUCAAAUCAACUCCAAGAAGAAAUCAUGAAGGUCAAGCCAGAGCGAAGUUCAAUUUCAUCGCACAAACGCAUCUGGAACUAUCAUUAGCUAAGGGAGAACUAGUCGUCAUAACAAGACGGGUCGAUGACAACUGGUUCGAAGGAAGAAUAGGUGGUCGUAAGGGCAUUUUUCCAGUCUCGUAUGUUGAAGUGUUAAUAGACGCCGCCAGUCCCCCACCUCCUACACCUCUUAGUAGUAAACCAGUUGCGUCACCGGCCGCCCAUUCUCUUUUAUUAAAUGGAUCAGCGGGUGGUAAAGAGUCAAUGGGAAGUCAUAAGUAUACUCCAUCAAUGCCUUAUCAACAACACUUCACCUCAAGUUACCGAGCUAAACCCCUACAAAUUGCCAGCACUAGUUAUGGAUCGUCGUCCAAGUCUUCCGGCAAAAACCCUAUCAAUGAAGUUUUGCACAUCGAUACUCAUUCAGAGCCAGUACCUUAUCGUGCACUAUACAAGUAUCGCCCCCAAAACGACGAUGAACUUGAAUUACUAGAAGGUGAUGUGGUGUUCGUACUAGAGAAAUGUGACGACGGUUGGUACGUGGGAUCCAGUCAGCGAACAGGAGCUUUUGGAACUUUCCCAGGAAAUUACGUAGAGCGUAUCUAGCAUCAGGAUCAACCCUCUGUAUUAUUUAGAUUAAGAAAUUGUAUAUUAUUUCGAUCAACUUAGUCAUAACAACUAAUUCCAAAUAAUAAGUAAUGUGAUUUGAAUAUGUUUAACAUUAUCACAGAGGCUAACUAAUUACUACCUACCUACGUUUCGUAUAUUUAGGAAAAAAUUAUAUUUUACUUACACUGAUUGCAAAACACAAAAAAAUUGUGCCAGAGUGAAGUUAAGAAAUUCAGUAAUGAAGAUUUCAUUCAGCUUUCCAACGGUACCUAAGGGUUGCAAAGUGCUUACUAAUAUAAAUGCGUUAGGCAUAAUAAUCUAGUCAUUAGCUGAAUUACAUAAAUCACUUUUGUAUUUACCAAAGGUUUAUAAUUAACAAAUGGCUUGACGGAAAAAAGAAUGAAACAAAAUUGUUCUUCCAAAAAAUUAAGUCAUUCUUAUCGGUAUGAUGUGUCAAUCAUUUUUCUGUAAUCAUGGUACAAACUGUUAUAUUAUCAAUAAUAUACAUUAUUGCAUGUUACCAAUUCAUUAUUAGUAAUAUAUUAAGUAAGUAAUUUUGUCCAAAGAACAUAUAUUUAAUUUAUAUUUAGACUGUGGUAAUCACUGCACGAGUAAACGCGAACUUUGAUAUCUUGACAUAGAUUAAGGAAGUUACUACUAUAGGAAAAUCAAUCAUUGUGUUCCUGUCUUGUCGGUCCCUUUUAUAAGACUUUCGAAUUAGGAGUGCCUUUUUGAAUACAAUACCUUAUAACCUUGUUAUUAUUGUUCAGUAUAGUUAUCAUGUUAAUCGAUGAUAGAUGAAGAAAUACUCGUACUGCUUUUUAGAAUAUUACUUACGCAUAUGUUAUUAAUGUUACAUUACAGUUUUUUUUGUUUAUUUAUAACAUUGUUUUUCAAUAAACACCACAAGAAUAUUU